GCGUACUAACACCAAUAAGUAUGGAUGAACUGCUGACCGGUCAGUGCUACUGAAACCUUGACUGCCACAGAACGAUGAGCCGACGUAUGUUAAAGCACAGAUACCCAACAGGUUCAUCUCUCUGCUAUGCUAACACAGGAAAAGCAACAGAGACAGCCCAACCAGUUGCCCCGCUACCUCAGCCAGCUGCUGACGUAAUGCCUCAGUGGGAUGGUACUGCCAGCUUUCAGCCAGCACAGUAUCCUGCUGCAGUGCUGGAUCCACAGCAGCCGCAGAACAUCUCGCAGGAGGGUUGGCCUUCAUUGCCAACAGCAGCGGCCAACAGCAGCACUGCUGGUUCUGCAGUGCAGUACGGGCAAGGAGAGAACUACUGGAACUGGAACAUGCACCAGGAGUCUGCUGCAGUGGCAGGUGGGGACGGAAUGACGUCCCCCUCAACGCAGUCGUGGAACAGUGGUGGCUGGAGCGCUCCACAGCCGGAGGUGACCUCUGCACGUCCCCAGUCCUGGACAGGAGGGGGUGGGGUGCAGCCACCCAAUCCAACUGGAGUGGGUGGCGGUGCAAACUUGCACGAGGCUGCAGUGGCACCAGUUACAAGUGAUGGGACAUACCACCCUGCGUCGCUCUAUACCGGGGCUCAGUAUGUUCCACCUCAAGAGGGACAGCAAUAUGCUAGUGGAGGUGCUGUAACCGAGGGCACUGGUCCCCAGGAAGGUUGGGUUCCACCACCUUGGAGUAGUGACACUAGCCAGUGGCCAGCUGGCAAUGAGCAGCAGCAGCAGCAGCAGCAUCAACAGUAUGACUCUGUCCAGGCACAGUGGCAGUGGCAAGAAGGAAUGCCAGCUGAAGGCUGGCAAACUGCCAAUAACCAGUGGCAGGGCUAUGACUCUCAGGUGGGCGGCACAUCUCAUGCUGGCCAAUAUGAGGGCUCCUCCGUUGGGGCGUACAGCCCAUCGGAUGACUCACUGCAUUGUCUAGAACAACACCAGCAACAGCAACACCAGCAAGGACAGUCACAGCAGCUCCACGAACAAGGCCUGCCUAGCACAGCUGGAGAUUCUGCAACCGCUGAUGUGUCUUCCCCUGCGCACCCUUCCAAUUUUGCUUCAGAUAGUCACGAUGGCUCUCAAGGUAUUGUAGGGAGCCUGCAGGAGAAGUCACAACAGUAUGUUGAGUCUGGAGACGAGGGCACAAUAUCCAUGUUUUUUCAAGAUGGUAGUGCGUCUGUUCACGUUAUGAAAGAGGAAGGGAUGGCCGAAGCAGAGGAGAGCAGAGAAGGGCACAGCACUCAUGAUAUGCAGAUGGCACCAGAGCAUGUCGAGAAACAACCAGCCUCGUUGGGCACUGAGUCUCGUGAACAAGAGGUAGCAGCCAUGGGAAUGCCCGAAGAUGGCGCUACUGUCACAACAGAGUCUGUGAACCAGGAAGUUCCGGAUUCAGUUUUGAGGCCAGAGCCGCAAGAGGCAGUGCCUCUGCACAUGGAAGGCAGUGGUCCUGGUAGCGAAGAGGGUGUGUGUGCUGUUGCGUUGACACCUGGGGCUGAGCUUGGGGCUCAGUGUCCGGCGCCGUCCAAAAAGGCAGUGAUUCGGGCCCGUCAGGGAGGGCCCUUCAAGCCACCCGUUCUUGUUCGGCAAGGCUCAACUGAGACAGAUUACCUACGGGUUAUCUACCAAUUGUUAUGGUAUUUGUGGCAUGCUCUGUUGCAGCAGAAUGCCGCCCAGUUGCACCUUCCUCCCGACAACUUGGAGCUGCUGCCACCAGAUGAGGUUGCGCGACAUGCCUCUCUGCGUCACCUCCACCACAGGCAAGGUGUCGCAUCAUCACCAACAGGUGCUGUAGGCACGGGCUUGACGCUACUCGAUGCUCCUGACAUGCAAGCUGUAGUGACCCUGGCGCCAGCAGCGCCUCCCAUUCCACAUGACCGGCCAGCUUCACGUGGAGGCUCCCCCUCUGGGGUGGAAUCUAAUGAAGUGGUGGUGCAGUCAUCCAUUCCUUUGACCAGUGCCCCAGCUCCCACUGAGGAAGUGACGCCUCUGGAUGGCCACUCUCAAGCUACAGUACCAAGGAUGGUGGCACCUCCGCUCAUGCGACAGAGCCCCCUGGGGAGGGAAGAGGGAGCAGGGCGAAGCACCAUAGCUCCACCUCCACUGAGGGUCGCAGCAACGCUUGCGCCGAGCCCCUUGCUAGUUGACUCAUCGCUGCCGGAGAGGACCGAACCUUCAGGAAGCACUGACGGAGAGAAUCCGCUGCCUGUUGUCACAGCAACUCGUGUUGGUGAAGUGAAGGAAAGCCUGGUAGCUUUGAGACCUAAUGCGACAUCUACGCCGACAGCUGAUCCCUCCCCUCAUCAUGAAGCCAUCAAUGUUAGUGCAGUUCUGGCACACCCCAAACGCGACACAAAGGAACCUAGCGACAAGGCCAGUGAGUCACGUGUGCGGCAAGAGGAACCACCGAAAGAAAAGCACGAUGAUGGAAGUCCUAGGGACCAUCGUGAUGACAGGGAUUUUAGGGAAUCUAGGGAUUCUGUACAUGGACAGGACUACAGGGAUUCUCGAGACUCUAGGCCAGCCAGGGGACGUGGUAGUGAUGACGAAAGUUCAGAUUGCAAGGGAAGUAGAGAUGAUUUUGAACGGGACAGCAGGAGGAUUGGUGGCCGAGCAGAUUUCAGGAAUGACCAGGAAAAGAAAAGGGACCGUUACCACGAUCGGCCAGAGAAUCGACGGGAUGGUGCAAAAGAUGAUCGGGAUGAGUACAGGAGAGCAGGUGGGAGAAGUGGUGGUGUUGAGGAUUGGAAGAGGAGAGACGACUACCAUGGCGACCGAAGGGGUGACAGGAGAGAUGACCAGUACGAGGACCGGAGGGUAAACCGGCGGGAGGAGCUCAGGGAUGACGUUCGCAAAUCAAUCCGAAGGGGUGAUCAUUACUAUGACAGGAGAGACCAGUGGAGGGGGCAUGAAAGUGAUGACGACUGGAAAGAGCGACGAUCAGACCGUAGAACUGACCGUUACAGCAGCAGGCAUGACUACCGCUAUGAUGAUCGUCAGAGCGACCGAUACAGUGACCGUGGUCGACCAUCGAGCCGUACCUCUCAGGAUGCUUACCUCGAUGAUUUUGACCGGCGGGGCAAUCGAAGGCAUCGAGACAGCCACAACCGACCGUCAUCCAGGCAUAGUGAGUCCGACAGCUCAUCACCAGACUCUCGAAGGGGUUACAGCACUGGGAAGCACAGGAAGUAUCGAGAUGCGGAAAGGAUGGAGUCUGGCACCUACCAUGAUCAGAAGAGCUAUGCAGGAGCUGGUGGCUAUGACUACAAUGCUUACCGAAGAGACUACUACAAUUACUAUCACUAUGGCUACGCACCACGCUCGGGCUAUGGCUAUGGCUAUUAUGAUGAGUUGUACAGAACCAAUCCAGCCUACAAGCAGCAAGUGGAUGCCUACUAUGCUCGGCUAGGCUAUAACCCGGCACAAGUAAUGGAGCGCCUGAGUGUACAUUCUGGCCGGUCAUCGGCCAAUGGAGAUUCGCGCCGUGAUGAGAGCUUUGCUAGCAACACGGAAGAUGAUUGUGACCCCAGCAUUCUUGACCACGAGUCCUCACGGCUCGACCAUGUGCCUCAGCCAGAAGAGGUCAAGAAAUUCUCUCGACCACAUCCACUGGCUCGCUUUUGUGGCACAAAUGGUUUGCUCAAGCUGAUACCAACCCUAAGCAGUGGGGACCUGCCACCUCCUAUUGAAAUUCACAGCCUCAAGCACCUGUUCCAAAAGGAUCCGCAAUUUCACGAGUUGCAAGCAUUUCCAGGGCCUUUGGUCAGGUCUGAGACUCACAAGAACGACGUGAUCCAAUUCUGCACUCAGAGGAUCCAGUCAUUUGCCGAUGACCCCAGCUUGCCUGACCGGUCGUCACACAUCCUCCUUUGGGAGCUGCUUGUGCUCAUGCUCAGGCAAAACGGGUUUGUCUCAGGUUCGGACAUUGCGGAUUUGCUUCUUCGUGGCCACGAGAUCCUGGAACCGUCGACGUCUGCGUCAGCGCUUGCGAGUCGACCUGCAGGAGAGGGAGGCGAAGCGGCCUCACUUGAGGGGGCCGAUGAUGGCAGCAGCCCGUCACCUGAUGAGGGCAUUGUGGUGUCCGAUCGUGCCCAGCUUGGAAGCACGGGCUCGAGUCGUGUGCUGGCGAAAUUCCGAGAGUUCCUCCUCUUUGGGCAUAAAAAGGAUGCGCUGGAGUGGGCAGUGAAGUGUGGCCUGUGGGGCCACGCCCUGUCUCUAGCCUCGAAGAUGGAUGCCAGGACAUAUGCGGGCAUCAUGACUCGUUUCACGAAUGCCCUGGCCAUCAAUGACCCUUUGCAGACCCUGUAUCAACACCUGUCUGGUCGGCAACCUGCUGCAGUCACUUGCAUAGCGGAUGAAAAGUGGGGUGACUGGAGGCCCCACUUGGCCAUGAUCCUGUCCAACCCAUCAUCACGGCCAGAAGUGGAUGCGCGGAGCAUCACCACUCUGGGUGAUGUGCUUGCAAGUCGGGGUUGCCUGUCAGCAGCCCACUUCUGCUACCUGAUGGCCCAGGUGGAGUUUGGCACGUACGCCUGCAAGUCCAGCAAGAUGGUUCUGCUGGGAUCCAACCACCACACGCUUCCUUUCGAGGAGUUUGCAACUAACGAAGCAAUCCAAUGCACCGAAAUCUACGAAUACUCCCAGUCCCUUGCCAAUGCAGGCUACAUGCUUCCACAUCUGCAGACUUACAAGUUUCUUCAUGCCACACGGCUUGCAGAGUAUGGCUUCGCGCAAGAGGCACUGCACUAUUGUGAAGUCCUAGCAGAGGCAAUGGUUCGGCAUUGUGAGUCGGCGCAGCUGGCCGCCCAGACAUACGAGCUGGCCAACCGCCUCAAGUACCAUGACCCUCACUUCAGCCAGGGCCAAGGAGAGCUAGAGGAACUGGGUGAGCCCCUGUGGCUUGCCAACUUUGCCCACCUGGUCAACCAGCUGCUUCAGCAACUGCGUGGGAACAGCAGUAUGUCUCAGGUUGGCAUUUAUUACGGCCAGGAGAGCGGCUAUGAAGGUCACCUAGCACAACCUGUGUCCGGAGUCCCGAGCAUGGAGAGCUUGCACGGACAACAGGGUCAAGGCUUUAACAGCAGUACUGGAUUUUCAAUGUACGAUAGCAACAUGUCCAUUCUCGAGAAGUCGGGGAACGCUAACAGCUCAUACCUGGACACCUCUGCAUGUGGUGACAGUACGCAGGUGGCCUCUCCUUCGGCCGAGCAAUGGACAUCAUUGCCAAAGGUCACUCACGACUACACCCAGCACCCUUCUCCGAUGAGUGCGUCAUCCUUUGUAGCAGCGCCAACGUCUGCCGACAGUGGCUGGAGCACAGUGCCUCAGCUCUCAACACCUGCGCCGCCUCCUUUGGGCGAGUACAACUUUGUGAGCACAAGUCCGCCUUCCCUGCCUGCUGAGCCAGCUGCUGUGAUGAAUGGCAUGUCGCCACAGGCAGAUGGGUCAGCGCCUUCAUCACCACCUGUCAGCAGCCAGCCCGCCACAUUCGACUACUACAAGGCUAGCACUUAUUCGCCACAGAACAUGCAGCAUCACCGAACAUCACGAGAGCGUCUGAGCAGUGUCAGCAGCAGUGCAGACACCCGUGAUAGAAGGGACAGCGUUGACAGUGCUGCUUUGGCCUCGGGUCGGUCACGGCUACCGUCAGGGCCACAGUCCUCACUUGCCACCGACCAGUCGGCUUCGGAGUCUGAACGGUCCAAGCCAUCCUCAGCUAGCAAAGGAAAGACACAGGUGGCUGGCAAGAGUUGGCUGGGGGGCAUUUUCGGGAAGCUGCUUCCCAAGGGCCCCAAUCAAAUGAUCCUGCCCGAUGAUAAGGACCCUGAUAUUGUCUGGGAUGAGCAGAAGAAGUGCUGGGUCGACAAGAACGCUGCACCAGGUGAAGCGGAGAGUCGGAUGGCAGCUCCACCUUCGGACACAAGUUUUGGGGGUAAGCCAAGUCCAGUGAGUAGCAAGCCAGGAGAGAACCGCUUUCAGCUGAGCAAGCAGCGCUCUUUGCGGAAGCACUAUGUGGAUGUGCUGAAUCCGAGUAGCAACAAGGCAUCCGGUGACUCUCCAUCAGCGCCUGCAGUGGCAGCAUUUCCAGAACAGUCAGCUGCACAAGCCCCCGUCCAGUACUUUGUUCCCCAGGCUGUGGGUGACCAACAUGCCGAAAAUUCUGGCUACGACUUUGUGUCGCCUACUCCGUUGCCAGACCAGACUGCACCUGCUCCUCCACCACCUCCAGAAACCGUGCCUGCCUAUCAACCCACAGCCAAGGCUGUUUCGACGCCGAUGAUGUUUGAUCCCGCGGACUUCUCGUCAGGGGUUGCGGACAGCAGUCGCAACGCAGCUGGUGGUAACAUGGCCAGGAGGAGAGCCUACCCUACGUAGCAGAUGUCACUUCUAUGACUUGGCAGCCAUCUUGCGUACCUUUCUUUGCAAAUCCUUUUUUUUUUGGGGUCUUUUUUUUUUCCCUACUAGAGGACAGUAUUUCUUUUUUCAUGUGCUACUUUUUCCAACUCAUGGUACAAUUUGGGAUCUUAUUAUUUCUGACCUCCUAUUGUUUUUCUUCUUUUAUGUACUUGCCCUCCCAUGGAAGGGUAGUGUUCUGGGACUUUUCUGCCAUGUUUUCUGGUAGUAGGUUUAUUUCAUAAAGUUUGAUGAAACCCAUGUGGAAAUGCUUGAAAUUGUGCAGUGUGCAUGUUGUAUUAUGCCACUAUGCACUGUCAAUGAACAUUUACUUUUGUCAUAAUUAUCUUCACAUGUGCAUUCAUGUAGUAUUCAAAGACUGCACAUGUUGAGACCAAGGCUGGCGGUCCGCUGGUAUUAAGUGUGGCACUUAAUUUGCUAGAGUGCAUCAAAGCUACCUUCAUGACGCAAAUGAAAUUCUUGGUCGCAUGUUUCUUCCCACUUUACAUGCGACUGAAGCAGCACCAAGUCACUUUUAUGCUGCAUCAAGGUCCUUCAUAGCCUUAGAUUGUUUUUUAAGGCCUAGCAUGGCAGUUUUGAUCCUUACGUGCCGAAUAGCUGAGAAAUGGUAAAUUGUGAGUGCGACAAUGCAGUGCUGUAGGUAUCAUAUACCGCAUGAGCAAAACAUUGCUUUUUCAACACGAGCAUGGCAUAUUCGCUUGAUUGCUACUGCAAAAAAAUAAGUUUGUUUGCUCCCAAUGCAUUGCUCAGUAAUUGUAUGAUAUUUUGCAAUUUUUAACCUGGUUCUAAAUGAGAUUUCAUGAGCUUACCGAAAAGUAACACCAGUGACAGCUUGCUCACUCUGCAAGGGCUCAGAGGUUAUGCACAACUUGUGAUACCUAGAUCACCAUCUCUCCUACAAUCAAGGUUUAAGUCUAUACACAGAGUUAUUCUGCCUUUGAUUGCCAUCAGUCACAAUCGCAGCAGGCCUAGCCAAAUGGUGGCACGAGUGUUUUGCUAUCGUAUGUGCCCUGCAGCGAAGAUGAAACAAAGCAGAGGCAGUGUUCAAUGGACUUAUGACAAAAAGAAGAAAAAGAAAGAAAUGGUGCUGCUUAGUGCAUGGCUGUACAGUGCCACAAGGUCUUGCACGCCGAUGAUGACCAACUUUUGCCUUAACGAUGAUGAUUAAGAUUGCUUUGUGGAUCUCUCUUAUGAACUGCUUGGUUUUGGUGCAGGAUAUAGCACUCUGUAUCUUAUCUCUCCCUAAAGUAGGCAAUAGUGUUUGCCACUAUCGUUAUGGAGAUGCUGCUAUCAUUCCGUUGUGCGCAAAACCUCGGUGAUGAGGUGGCGUGCUGUAGUAAAUGCUGUUCAAAAGCUUAUAUUAGUGGUUGGUGAUGACCAUUUGUGAUGCCUUUUUUUGGGAGCUUUCUCCUAUUGUUUGUCUGUCUGCUUAAACUUAUUAUUGUACAUAGAAGCAGGCCUUUUAUAAACAUAGCAUAUGGCAGAGCUACAGUAGUACGAGUGCUGCGUCAGGCCUGAUGACUUGGUCCUGCCCUCAUAGCAAUUGUAGGUCUCUCUCACUGAUGGCCGCGAGUUGGAUUGAGACUUUUCUUUCUGCAAAUGGCUCUGUGGCUGGCAGUGCCGUUUGUAGAAGAAAUGCACUUUCUUUUGAACUAGAUAAUUUUUAACUUUUUGAAAUGAUUGUGAAAGGUACUUUAUCGGCAUUGUUUAUGAUAUUGUGGUGGGUAUUUUGGAUAGAGCAUGGAUCUUUUUGUUGUCUAUUCUGCAUGCAGGCACACAGUUGCGGCAAAAUAAAAGCGAAGCCUCUCAGCAAUGGCUGCUCUUUUUGUGUGCUUCACCAAUAACUCUGCUCAAUUUCUUUUGUUUGUAUUCAGGUGUGCACAUAUGUUGGAAAGCACAAAUAGGUAAUUUAAAGUUGUGCAUAAUAUCAGUCAAGGCGUGGGGCUCAAGAACUGCAUAACUGAAAGGCUGGGAUUCAGUGAUUUCAUACCUCAGUGCAUUUUCUUUGCUCUUUCUUCAUUAGAGCAGAGUUGGGAGCUGCAUUGAGCAUUGCUAGCAUUUGCCAAUCGGAUUGUGUUUUGAAGUGCAGUGCAAUCUAACCGUUGAGUGCCGGUCACUAAGGGACAAGGAAAAAAUGCAAUCUAGAGAGGAAUCACUGUUGAAAUGCCGUCCCUGUAUCCACCCAUAUGCACGUGCGGUCUUUAAAAUUUCUAUGGUGUCCUGAACUGUAUAUUUCAAUUUAUGUCUAAGGAAUUGCCUUGUGUACGUGAUCCCUAGGAAUGUUCCAAUUUUCUGCGAUCUUUCUCAGUGCUUUGAUAUAUAUUUGUUUUGUUUUUCACAUCUGAUGCGCGCAUUCGUGCCAUGCCUAUCGCGCACUUACGGGCAUGUCUGCUGCAUGAACGCACUGUUUGGGUGGGUUUUGCUUGUUAAAAAGCCAACUAGCAUUUGUUUUUUCCUAUGCUGGCUGUUCUCUGAGACAUGUACGGAAUGAAUGAAAAAAAAAAAAAAACGAUGCUGAAGGAAUAAAAGUUUCGGUGAGAACA